CCCGUCCGCUCUGCGCCCACGCCCAUUGGUUACCUCUUCUGCGCCCCGCCCCUCCCAUUGGCUCCCCGCCCGCCCCGCCCCCAGCGGCGCCCAGGUGUGGGCGGAGCUCGGCGGCGAGGAGGGGUGGGCCGAGCCUGGUCCACGCACGCUUGAAGACUGCGAACUACGCGGAAGCGCGUCCUGGGCCCGCAGGCGCUCCCUCAGGAACAUCAAGAAUGGUCCCUGGGCCUCGCCAAGAGGCUGAAAAAGCCGAGAAAGAGGCUCCCUUAUCUCUGGUGGAUCGAGAGCCGGCCAGUGGGCACCCAGAGCCUCCAGUUGGCACACCCAGAGACCCAGUGGCUCCUACAUGCCUACAGGACACCAAGCCCAGCUCCACGCCCGUGGUCUCCUCCGUCCACCAGCAGUUGGCCCCUGAGUCCCUGGACCCCCGCACCCUGCGGCUGUUGUGGGGUCAACGGGAACUGGAGAUCCAGGCUCUGCGGUGGACCAUCCAUAACCGCCAGGAUGCCCGGCAUUGCCACAUCCUGUAUGAGGUGGCUGGACUUCCAGCUGAGAGGAGCUCACGCAAUCAGGAGAAGUCCCUGCAGAGCCAGGUCCAGAAGCUGACUCUGGAGUUGAAAGAGCAGAAGGAACAGGCCCAGCUGCAGAAGUCCCAGCUGGAGGAGCGGCUGCAACAGGCCCUGAACGCCAUGCAGCGUCUGGAGGCGGAGCUGGGGGCCUUCCAGAGGUCCUGCCUCCUGCAGCUGGCCCGCUCGUCCUGGGUGGGCCGCGUGCUGCGAUCUUCCACGGGCAGUGUGGAGGUGGUAACUGCAGAAACUCUGAUGGAUGCCAGUGACCUCUCUGAGAACGAUCAGGUCCCCUCUACUAAGGAGGGUUUCCGGCUGGAGGACGUAGACUGGAACAGCAUUGCCCAGCGGUAUCCCAACCUCCUCAGCAACAUCGAGUCCAACUCAGAUCAAAAGCACCCCCGGCCCCUGCCGUCCCCGGAGGCCCCGCUGUGGGACCAGUGGGGCCCAGAGCUGCACGGAGAGCACACGGAACAGCGUCUCAAGAGUGUGGAGUGGAGUUCCCUGCCCUUUGGGGGCACCAGCAGCUCGGGGGGCACAGGCUCCGACUCCAGCAGUGGCCGGCUGGCUGUGCCUUAUCGCAUGCACAAGGUGAUGGGCCACCCACCCUGCACUCCAGGCCACAGUUCUGAGCCAACAGAACCACACUGGAGGAGGUUCAGCAGGGAAACACAGGCACAACCUGAAGGUCUCUCCGUGGGUCCCUGGAACCGACCUAGUAAGACAGUCCAGACAAAGGAGUCCUGUGUAGAUUCAGAGCACGGGCAUCCCAGACACCGCCUCCAUGGGAGCUCCUGCCUGAAAAUCGUGGCCGUGAGCCGCAAGGAGAGGUUUGUGCGCGUCCUCAACCAGUCGCUAGAGGAGACUGCUGACCUGAGUGGCCUCAUGCUGCAGCAGCUCCUGCACGGCUUCCCCGUGUGCAUGUACCGCUUCCCGCCUGGCACGCUGCUGGCGCCCCGGCACCACGUUACGGUUUGGGGAGAGGGGCCUGGCAGCACCAAGAAGCAGUCACCUUCAUCCAUGGGCCGAGAGCCUGUCUACUUCCACUCCAGCCAGGGAUGUGUGACUCUCCUCCUGAACCCCAAAGGCGAGGUCCUGAGCGAGCACCCAGCCCGCCACUGCGUGACCCCCGUCUCGAGGAUCUUCACUGACAACACCGACUUGUCCAUAGACCGCUUCCCGCUCUCCGAGGCCGGGCUUGGGGCCGAUCCCUGGGAGCAGAGGCGCCGGCCUCAACACACGCGCGCUGGCAGGGUGUGGGGGGCCCAAGCCAGACGCUGGAGGCCCGGGACGCAGGGCCUCUUGCGGCCCCGGAGCACCAGCAAGCUCCCCCGCCCGCGAGAGGUGCCCGCGCCGCCCCAGGCCGCCGAGACCCGCGCGCUGGGGCGCCUGCCCGCCUUGCCCGGUGAGCGCCCAGGGACGCGGAGGGCAGGCGGGCGGCAGGGGGUGUGGAGUCCGGCCGACCCGGCCCCGUCACUGUCCCUCGCAGAGGCCGGGCUGUGCCUGGAGGACUGCGGCGCUAGGAAGGAGCACAGGGUCCAGGUGUGCCGGAAGAGCGUGGACGGGGGCUGCCCGAUGGUAGCGCUGUCGGUGCAGAGCACGGCUGAGAGCAGAUACGGCUUCCGCUUCCUCCCCUGCCCGCCGGUCACCGCGGAACCGAACGCUCGGGUGUAGGGGCGGAGGGCAGCACGGGUGGGCGCCCAGGGCCGAGGGGCCGCGCUGGGAGAAAGUCGUGGGAGGCCAGCAGUGCCAUCUGCACAAUUUAUUGAACCAACGUCGCCUACGAAGUAAACCGCAUUUAUGUACA